GCGCGUCGCCUGGCCCCUCAGAGGGCGGGAGGGAAGGAGGCCGAUGGCGGCGGCUGAGGAGGCCAUGGAAGUGGAUCUCCCGCCUGUGGCCGAGGCCGACGAGAGGGAGCCGGCCGUCGCGUCCGAUCGCGAGGAAGCCUCGGGGCGCCGUCCGGCGAUUGCCCGCUCCUCACGAGACGCUCGGGCGGCGGAGUCGCGGAGGCCGCGCCGUUCCCGGAGGAACCUGCCUGGCGCCCCUCGGGCAGCGCCUUCCUCCGCCUCAGCGUCGUCCUCCCAACGGGCAGCCCGGGCCAGAUCCACAGCAUCGCUGGACAGCUAUUUCCAGGUCAGUAGGACCCAGCCAGCAGAACCAUCACUUCUAGUAAUCCACAAUGACAGCAGCUCAGAUGAAACCGUGGUCCUAAGUGAUUCCGAGAGCAGCGGCAACAGCAGCAGCCCGACGGAGGACGAAGAGGAACCUGCAAGAAAUUUAGAGGAAAUACCUCUAAUUGGCUUGGAAGUAAUUGUCUCAAAUCAAAUGGAGCCUCCUGGAGAUAAUUCUAAUGAGAUAGAGCAUCCUGAUUCUAGAGUCACAGCUUCCCAAACAAAGAAGACAACUCCAUUAAAGAAAAGUAAUCCGGCGGCAUCCCUGGUUUCUUUGGAAGAGGACAGUGGCGAUAUCUGUGCCAUCUGCUUUGAAGAGUGGACGAACGCUGGGCAGCAUCGUCUUGCAGCAUUGCGCUGUGGGCAUCUCUUUGGCUACAGCUGCAUUGAGAGAUGGCUGAAGGGUCAAGUGGGCAAAUGCCCCCAGUGCAAUAAGAAAGCCAAACGCACAGAUAUUGUUGUCCUUUAUGCCCGUACUCUGAAAGCACUGGACACCACUGAACAGGAAAACAUGAAAAGCUCUUUAGAAAAGGAACAAUGCCUGCGAAGGAAAGCAGAACUGGAAUCAGCCCAGAGCCGCCUUCAACUGCAGGUCAUGACAGAGGAGUGCAGCAAACUGAAGCAGCAAGUACAGGAACUGAAGACUUUGCUGGUCCGGCACAACGCCAGCUCCUCCUCUCAGCAGUCCAGCAGUGCUCGCUCUUGCUUUCCCGGCUGCCUCUCCUCCAGCCAGGGUCAGCACAAGUACCAUUUUGAGAGAGCCUUUCUGGUCUCUCAGAUGGGCAACUGCCGGGUGAUGGCCUACUGUGACCCCCUGAGCUGCCUCGUGGUCUCACAGCCCUCUCCGCAAAGUACUCUCCUCCCUGGUUAUGGCAUUAAGAUGAUGAGUGCCGUCAACCUGAAAAGCAGUCAGUAUGUGCCCAUCCACAGCAAGCAGAUCCGGGGCCUGGCCUUCAGCAACCGGGCAGAUGGCUUGCUCUUGUCUGCUUCUUUGGACCAUACGCUCAGGCUUACAAGCUUAGCCACAAACACUGUUGUACAGACCUAUAAUGCUAGCCGCCCCAUCUGGUGCUGCUGCUGGUGCCUCGACGACACCAACUAUGUCUAUGCUGGGCUGGCUAAUGGAUCGAUCUUGGUCUAUGAUCUGAGGGACACAAAUUCCCACGUCCAGGAAUUGCCUCCACAGAAGUCCAGAUGUCCUGUGGUAUCUUUAUCUUACCUUCCUCGAAUGGCUUCAACUUCACUGCCAUAUGGUGGACUGGUGUCUGGAACGCUGGAAGGAGCCUGUUUUUGGGAGCAGAAGUCUAGCAAUUCCUACCGACCUCACGAUCUCCUCCUUGAACCCGGAGGUUGCAUUGACCUUCAGACAGAACCCAGCACACGACACUGCCUUGCAACAUUCAGACCCAACCGAAACAACAACUGCUUGCAGUGUGUGGUGAUGGAGCUGACAUCUACUCAUCUGACAGACCGAGAUGACGAAAUUGUCUGUUCAUGCAACCCCAUUCAAACUCUUACUGCAGGUCCAACGUGCAAACUCUUAACCAAAAAUUCCAUUUUUCAAAGUCCCGAAGAUGAUGGCAGCAUCCUUGUGUGUGCAGGGGAUGAAGCAUCAAAUUCUGCCAUGCUCUGGGACGCAGGAAGUGGAACUCUGCUUCAGAAACUGCCAGCUGACCUCCCUGUGUUGGAUGUCUGUCCUUUUGAGGUGAAUCGCAACAGCUUCCUUGCUACUUUGACGGAGAAGAUGGUGAAAAUCUACAAGUGGCAGUGACUGUCUCCCUUGCCUUCCAAGCCUGAUCCCUGGGCAGAUGCUUUGCUGCUAAUUGGAUGUUUGGCUGUCUUGAAGAUAGGAUUAUUCCUGAAUCACCUUAGAUUUGUACCUCAGGGUAAUUUAUUUGCUCCGUCUCUGCUCACCUUAUGUCUCUGUUUCUCUCUCCCCCCCCCCCCAAUUUAUAUUUUUUUCAAUGAAGACAGUUGUUUCAGUCAUGCAACAAAUCUUGUUAUGGGUCUUGUCUUCUGGUUGCAUUAUUCUGGGAGUAAGUGAAGAAGAAGCUUGGCUGCCAUUUUCUGGAUAUAGUUUCUGGAAAUUAAUCAUUGGUGCUUGCUAAGACUACCUUAAUUAGCCCUGCUCCACAGUGGCCUAGAACUUCAUAAUGUGGGUACUAAUAGGUCACUAACCUAUUGUGUACAAAGCAAAAAGCAGUUUGUAUCGCUCUUCUUUCUCUUUUGGUCUACUUAAAUUCACUUUUCUGCAAUGAACUAUUCUAGCAAAAUGUUUUCUGAUCAUGAGGAAAAAAGGUGAUCGCAAAUUCUGCCUGAAACUGGCUGCUGACAUGGAUUUCGAAUGCAGUUUGGUGAGAUGCAGUGACUUAAUGUACAAGCCUAACUGUUUGGAUUGAAACUGUGAUUUAGGGGACUUCCAGCCGAUCUCCCAAAGCCAGACCAUUGCAAAAAUGAAAAGUGAAGCCACUUCAGAACUUGAUUAAGUAUGUUUGCAAGAAAAAAGGUUUUGCUUGGCUUUUCUUAAGUACACCGGUGAUCUGUUUUCUGCUCUGAAUUAAAAUGACAUUGUAUUUUGAUUGCUGGCUUUCACAAAGCAAAUUACUAGAGUGUAUAUACUGCAAGGCUCAUCUGAAAACCUUUAAAAAUCCGAAAGCUGUAGAAAUGGAAGCUUUUUGCACUGCCUGUACUGUGUGUGGCAGUACAAGCCUCGGAACAACAUUCUUA